GAUAUACUGUUGGGAUGACAAGACCGGCAGUUGGACACAGAUGGACAUUAAAAAAAUGACAGUGUAUCUGGAGCAUGACAUAGCUGGUGGAUCAUGUAAGACCUGUGAUCGUGAGCACAUGUAUAGAAUUCUAAAGGACUGGGAGCUGACUUCGAAGUAUGGAAAAGCAUGGGAAGACAAGGUUAAGCGCUUUAUCGUGUCUGAAACAGAAAAGAAAUAUGUGUAC